AUGGCUGCCAACAACGGCGGUAAUUCAGAACGCGAUCUACAGGACCGCUUAAACGCUCUCAAGCGAGGCUCAGUAACCCAGGAUGUCGCGCCAAAGCAGGACGUCCUCUCCGAUAGGCUUCGCGCCCUGCGGAACCAGUCUUCUUCUGAUGGCGGCUCAUCAUCUGCCACAUUGAAAACUUCUGGUAGCACCGCAGGAAGCCAGGUUGGAAGGCAGCCCAGCUCGUCGAUGCCAGGACCGCCCCUGCCCCUGACUUCUGCUCCAGUCGCGGCAGGGACGGAACCAGGGGAAGACGAGGACGGUGAUGAGGAUGGUUUCAUGUCUGACCUGGAGGACGACGGGACGCUCGAGGAAUUUUUGGAAGACCUUGAGCUGGACCUCGAGGAGGGUAACGAUGAGGGAUCGAAUCAGCGGCCACCGUCGGAUCCUGUUGACCGCGGAGAUGACGCCGAGGACGAUGCCAAGCGCAUAGCAGCUGUCCUGGCGCGUAUCGGAAAAGACGGUUCUGCCCUACCGCCGAGACGUCCGUCAGGACACAAUGUAGAAAGACGACCCGGUGUAGAGGGUGUUGAUGCAGCGGGUGGCAGUGCCGGUGAUGACUCUGAGGAUGACAAGAAGAACGAGCUCGAGGCGCAAAAUAUCGUUUCACAGGCAUUUGACGAAGCCAAGUUCGACAGGGAGAACUCGAAACCACUGGACGAAAGCAGCGAGCAAAUGCCGCUUUCGUCGCACGGGAAUUUAUCCACGUCACAUGAGCAGGAUGCAAGGCGGCCCGACGACGAUCAAGCCUCUCCAUUGGACGACGCACCGACAGCCGCCAGAGAUUGCUUGUCACUCCCUGCGGUGCCCGACUCCCUACCGGGCCCAGCACCAACCACAACCGCCAGCAUCACAACGGCCACCCCUGAGACAGGCGACGAUUUCGAAUCCGACAUCAGCCGCAGGCUCGCGGCGCUCAGAGGUCUCGACGGCUCCGAAAGCGGCGGCGGCGGCGGCGGCCUCGCCCUCCCCUCGGCCCCCUCAUUCCAGCCAGCCGCCAAAAGCAACGAGUCCAAGGUAAAGAGCACGGGCGCCUACACCGACGAGGAUCAGGACGGCUGGUGCAUCGUCUGUCUCGAAGACGCCACCAGCAUGUGCGUCGGCUGCGAUGGCGAUGCCUACUGCGAGGGCUGCUGGAGGGACAUGCACCUUGGUCCCGUGGCUGCCUUUGAUGGCAGUCACAAGCGUCUGGCUUUUGUCAAGGAAAGGAAAAAGAAGCGCGUGCUACUUGCGGCUUAG